AUGGAGCCUCCGAAUCGACCUACCUCGCAGAAACGAACAGCUGCUAGUCUGAACACCAAGCCUGUAUUGCCACAAAAGUACGGUUCUGAUGGAUCACCAAGCCCCUUCAUUUCAAAGCCGAAGUCGAUGCACACGAGUACUGAGACCCGACGACCUCGCUCAAGAAGUCAGACAGUAUCAUUAGGCUGGGAGGAAGACACUGAAUCUGCAAUCUCAAGAACAUCUAGAUUGCAGAUUGAACUAGCAGAAUGUGUGGAGACGAAGACUGUCACGACCACGACUACAACCAAGAGAUCUUAUCCACCACUGCUCAUUCAACAGAAACCUCUCCAAUUGCUAGACGCAAAAGAUUACCCUCUAGCUAUCAAACCUACCCCAGUGGAACUGACAAAGAUCUCAUACAAUGUCGAUAUACCAAAUGAGUACGGAUUUGCUACUAGUCUAGCUUCCGACCCCCGACCGGAACCUUCACCACACCAGCAUGGCCAUAUCCGACGCUCACACGAACGUGGUCAAAGAAUGGGAUCUUCGGAGCCCUGUAGUUCACAGACGGCAGAAAGACCAAAUAGGCAAUUACUAGCCCACGAUUCUACUAUCCAGGGCCGUCGAAGGAGCUCACACUUUGGACCAAAGUCACCAAGCUUAAGCGGAAGAUCACGAAAGUCCUGUCGACUUACAGAUCGUAAUACUAAUUCUGCAACCCCCGAAGAAGGCAAACCCCGGCAUCUAGGGUUAGGCAUGCACACUUCAGAUCACACUUCAUUCCCAGAAACACCCGAACUGUCAGAUAUCGAAACAUCUAUGGUUGGUCGGUCAUUACCGCUCUCCUCUCAAGCCGAAACAUACACCCCGACGUCUGGGUUAAGUCAAAGUAAUUCAUUCCAUAGUCUUGCAGACCCUUCAGAUACCCAGGAAUCUUUUGCGAACGCUGUUGCUACACCCCCAAUAGCUGAAUCAGACCUCGAACCGCUCGAUGGUGCCGUAGUUCCAAAUACGACUGGGCAACGACCAGUGGUAAAUACAGCCGUGGCUCAAAAUGCAAGCCUCCCAAGUCCUGGCCUUUCUCCAACCUUUGCGCUGGCCGAGUUACACCAAGGCCUAUUUCCCGCCGGUAGCUCUAACGAUGAUACCGACACUGCUGCAGCUAGCCCCGAUACACAAUCUGGAGAUAGUCAACAUACGCUGGAUGGCGAUUAUAUAGAAAAUCGGGAGCUUAGCUAUCUGGGGGAUAGUGGUCAUCUACGCACACCCUCUCUUCUAGACACCCAAUCCAUUCUCGAAAGCUUUGACUCGAUGCCCAAUGAUGUAAAGACAUUGAUGAUGUAUCAGCUUCUGCGACGAUGCACAAGAAAGACACUGCACGUUUUAGCAGAUGUGAUUGGGCCAGCACUGAAAUGCGACUUUUUGGAACAAUUACCAGUUGAGCUAAGCCUACAUAUUCUAGGGUUUCUAGAUCACAAAGAUUUAUGUCGUGCUGCCCAAGUUUCGAAACACUGGCGAAACGUUAUCGACACGAAUGAAACUGGGUGGAAAGAGCUGUUUGAUAAGGCUGGAUUUGUUAUUCCUAUUGGCGAACUUGAGCGGGCAAUCGCACAAGGCUGGGGUUGGCAAGAUCCUUAUGGACAGAAUAGCGGCGAGGAGGAUAUGAGCGUCCAACAUGGUUUAGGUUCUGAUGGAGAACUCUCUUUCUACGGCAGUGUCAAAGUCGAAGAACCUGUAAGAAAACAUCGAUCAACGACGAAAAGGAAGCGUGUUACUGGCGGCCUGGGCACUGAUCGUGCAAAGCGGAGGGCUUUAAGUUCUACGGACAGACUAAAGAACUCUAACGCUGGAUUUCACAAAUCGGAAGGCCCUCUCAGUGCUGCCACAGCCGCAGCACUCGCAGUUCCUGACCCUCAACUAGGCUUACCAAGUCUAAGAAAGCUCCAUCUCUUCAAGUCAUUGUAUCGACGCCAUUACCUGUUGAAGAAUAGCUGGAUGAACCCUGAUGUCGCGCCUCAUCACUUCGCAUUUCCAGCCCACCCAGCACAUGUAAUCACAUGUUUGCAGUUUGACGACGACAAAAUCCUUACUGGGAGCGACGAUGCCCUCAUUCACGUAUAUGACACUAAGACUGGCGUACUACGGAAACAGCUUCGAGGGCACGAGGGUGGCGUAUGGGCCUUGCAAUAUGAGGGUAAUGUUCUGGUUUCGGGUUCCACAGACCGCUCGGUGCGAGUUUGGGACAUCGAAAAGGGCCUCUGUACACAGGUUUUCCACGGUCAUACCUCAACGGUUCGAUGCCUUCAAAUAUUGAUGCCGGAGCUUAUUGGAAGAAAUGAGAAGGGCAGACCAAUAAUGGUCCCAGAGAAGCCCCUUAUCAUUACCGGAUCUCGUGACUCUCAAUUAAGGGUAUGGAGGUUGCCUGAACAGGGUUCGAAGCGUUACAUUCAAACAUCAGCUCCGCUGAAUGACGCAGACUGCCCCUAUUUCGUUCGCGUUCUAGCUGGCCAUACUCAUUCAGUACGUGCCAUCGCAGCUCAUCAAGACACUCUUGUUAGUGGAAGCUACGACAAUACUGUUAGAGUUUGGAAAAUUUCAACGGGAGAAACAGUACAUCGUCUGGCCGGGCAUGCUAUGAAGGUUUAUAGUGUCGUUCUUGAUCACAAACGCAACCGGUGUAUCAGCGGGUCAAUGGACAAUUUCGUCAAAAUAUGGUCCCUUGAGACCGGCGCCUGUUUAUAUACUUUAGAAGGACAUUCUUCCCUCGUUGGACUGCUUGAUUUGGCAGACGAACGUCUUGUAUCAGCUGCUGCUGAUUCAACACUCAGGAUCUGGGAUCCUGAGAAUGGCCAAUGUAAGAGCACUCUAACCGCCCAUACGGGUGCCAUCACAUGCUUUCAGCAUGAUGGGCAAAAGGUUAUUUCUGGUUCAGAUAGAACCUUGAAGAUGUGGAACAUCAAGACUGGGGAAUGUAUGAAAGACCUUUUGACAGACCUCAGUGGAGUAUGGCAGGUCAAGUUCGAUGAAAGGAGAUGUGUUGCUGCCGUGCAGCGGGAUAAUUUAACAUUCUUAGAGGUUCUCGAUUUCGGGGCUUCAAGAGACGGUGUACCUGCUUCUCAGCGAGGUUUCCGGAAUGUUCUCAGAUUUGAUGAAGGUCGCUCGGCCGUCGAAGAACUCGACGACGCAUGA